AAUAGUCAGCAGGUGCUGAUAAACACGCGGCGGCUUUUCUGAAUUUAAAUCUACUUCCGUGUCAGUGAGGACCGAAGGCUGCUCUCAGGUCAGUUUCACAUAAAAGGUUUUCAGAUAAAAAUCGUUUCUUUUAUCUGUUAAUCAGGCCGUUUCCGGUGUGAGCCUCAGGUGAGGUUUGGAUUAAACAGGUAAAAGCGGUCAGAAACCACGUGUGGAUGAUUCUGGUUGGAGGCCGUCCGUAGUGGUGGAGAAGCGCACGUAGCACAAAUGCCGGUGACGACGUCAGCCGCUUGCGUAGGUUGCAUCAUAGCGCUGCACAGGUGACCCUCAGUCAGAUACCUGGUGGGACCGCAGGUGUGUUUCUCCUGCAGGAAGCCAGAUUAAGGUGAGCAUGCGGACACGUCGGGGUUCAUGUCCGCGCGGUGCACACGCUGCGCGUGACUGUUUGUAAUCAUAGACAGGUGUGUGCACGCACCUGUGCAGGAACCGUAAGUGCAAUGAUGUUUAAUGACCGGAUAAAAACAGGGAGGCAGAGUGUGGGUGUGGGCUUCAUCAGUGGCGGAAUGUUCGGCACACUAACCUACUGAAACUCGUCAUGAACAGCUGACGUUACUCCGCUGCUGGCAGAAACGAGGAAGAAAUCCUAAAUUUAUUCCAGAUGCCCUGAGAUUCCCGUUUCCAGCAGCUGGAGGGCAGAAGAACCACAGACAUGGAGGAGGUGUGAGCUAAAUGUGAGCACAGCUGUGCUCACAUUUAGCUCACACCUCCUCAGAGGAAGAGCCCCCUCCCUUUCUCCCUCCAAUCACAGAGCUCCUUUCAUGGCUGCAGGAGGAGCUGAAUGGUUCUCCUUAAUCUUGCUCCCUGAUCUGCCUGUCAACAUGACAGCAGGAAUGCUGUACAGCAGAUGUCCUCUCACCUGAGGAGCAUCAGCCUGAACCUGGAUGAAGAUGAAGGUAACAUUCAGCAGGUUUGGAUGGUUUUAAACAACAUUCUAGAGAUCAGACCUGCUGCCACAGACCACACCUCCUCCAUCAUUCAGCUCCAAGUUCCUUUGUCCUGUUCAGGUUAAUGUCUCUGAGGCAGGUCCAUCACGCUGAGGCUGUUAAUAAAUUAAGUGUGACUUAAAAAUGCUGUGAGAGCUGUGACGGAGCUCAGGAUUCCUGAACCUGUGACUCAGUGUUGUAGCUCACCUGUGUCAGGUGUAGAAAGGGAAGGCUGGUAUUAAAGUAGCAGUGAGCAUUCCCUUUCAUAACACCUGCAUGGGUGGAGAGUGUUUUCUAACUCACCUGUUGAAAUUGAGGCCUGGGGUCACUUCUAGCCUCAGAGCACCAAGCUGGCAGCAGCCACAGUUAAACCUGUGGCUAAUGAAGAGUAGCGAGUUAAUGAUAUGUUUUGUACUAAAGCCCCGAGGCCUGUGUUGAGCAAAGGGGGCGUGUCCAAAUGAAUCGUGUGCCGAAGCUGAAAAAGACACGGGAAACAUCUAGUUUUACAAUACCUCAAAUGGAGAUUUUGGCAUAAUUAUUCCUGAAUUAUGCUAAAAGAUCUGCCUGUCAACAUGCAACAUAACAGCAGGAAUGCUGUACAGCAGAUGUCCUGCACUUCUAAAUGUGCUGUUAAACGGGGCUUUGUGUGAAUCAGUUGGCGGGAAAGAUUCGACACAUUCACGGGGCCUUAUCCUACCGUCACUAGCGGGAGUUGGGAGCUGGGGAAUGUGCAGGAUAUCAGAAUAUGUGGGAUCUGCUUCAAAAUGAAAGCUGGUUGGGGGAGGAAGAGUUGAAUAGGAUGAUGUUUUCCCUCUUCUUUCUCCAUCUCUCCAGGAUGGAGCUCGCCUCUUUACUUCACGACCUCCAUCUCUCCACCUCCUCAGAGGAAGAGCCCCUUCCCUUUCUCCCUCCAAUCACAGAGCUCCUUUCACGGCUGCAGGAGGAACUGAAUGGUUCUCCUGAAUCCUGCUCCCUGAUUGGUCGUGUGGAGCAGCUCUUUCUGGCGGCAGAUCCUAAUUGGCUGUUCUCUCCAGCUAGUCAGGAUGGUGGGUGGGCAGAGCUUAAAGCGGCAUAUGCCUCUCUGAUCAGUGCUCUGAUUGGCUGUGCUGCUCUGCCGCUCUGUGAUGAUGACUGCAGCCCUCUGAGUGUGGCAGCCUAUAAGAGCAUCCCAGCACGGGCCACAGCGGUGUGCACCGCUCUCACAGCACUGCUAAGAACUCUGGGAGAUUGGGAGAAAGGGGUUGGGACCAGAAAAGGGGCAACCAGUCUGCUAAUUGCUGUUGCUCCACCCAUCUGUGUGUUUGCUGUCACACAUUUCCAGGAUCAGGUGUGGACCAGCACCGCCUCCAGAGCGGCAGCACAGCACUUGCAAGAGGCGCUGCUGAGUGCAGGAGGAUGGAGAGACUCCGCCCACCUACUGAUGGGGGAUACAGAGGAGAGCAGAGGGAUUCUGGGAGAAAUCCUGCACAUUCUGCAGCCUCAGCUCACCAAGGACGCAUGGCAGCGCUGUGAAGCCAUGAAGCUGGUGUUUGCCUGGACUCUCCUGCAGGUGACCCGCCCCUCUCUCUCACCUCACCUUCCCCACCUCCUGCCCCCCUCCCUCCUCUUCAGUGACCACCACAGACCAGAAAACUGCAUGCUGGGAGUUCGCUGUCUGCACCACAUCGUGCUCAAUACGCCUGCUGCAGAGCUGCGUCAGUUCAACAGAGCAGAGGUUCUUUAUCAGGCUUUAUUCAAACACCUGUACACGACCGAGGCCGCUGUCAUCCAGCUCGUCCUCGCCUGCCUUUUGGACCUGCUGCUGAUUUUGGAGAAGCCCCCCUCCUGCUCCUCCUCCCGCAGGAAGCCCUGUCGCCAUGACGAUGUGCUGCGUCUGAUCCUGACCCACAUGGAGGCGGAGAAUAAGGUUGUGCUACGGCGCGUCUAUGCCGCCGCUCUGCCGGCGUACAUUGCCAGGAUGGGCGUGGCAGUGUGCAGACACCUGCGGCGGCUGGAGCGGGUGGUGCUCGGGUACCUGGAGGUCAGAGAUCCACCUGAGGAGACAACCCGGCUGAAGAUGCUGGAGGCGCUGCAGAAGACGGCCAGAGCGGCAUGGCCACGGUAACCACGCACACACGCACGCUGAGCCUCGCGGCACAGAUGAUGCAGUGUCGCGUCAACGCGUUGCUCCGUUGCUUGUUGCGGCUGCUGGUUGACGUCUCCUCGGACACAGACCUCUGUGAUUCGCUCAAACAGCAGCUGAUGGAUCAAAGCGCCGCCUGCAUCCGGCUGCUGGAUGCC